UCCUCUCUCAUUCAUUCACUGCCAAAAUUGUAGAUUUCUCCAACUCUCUCCAUUCCAUUCUUCCCACUAACUUGAUUCUCUUCUUUCAUGGAAACCCUAAUUAUCAUCUUCACUGUGGCAGCUGCUUACCUCCUCUGGUUCUACAACCUUGCUAGAAAGCUCACCGGUCCCAAGGUCUGGCCGGUCGUGGGAAGCCUCCCGGUUCUCUUCAUGAACCGGAGUCGUCUCCAUGACUGGAUGGCCAGAAACCUCCGUGAAACCGGCGGUGCUGCCACAUAUCAAACAUGCACCAUUGCCAUACCUUUCUUGGCUCGCAAGCAAGGGUUCUUUACGGUUACCUGUCACCCAAGAAACAUCGAACACAUCCUCCGAACCCGGUUCGACAACUACCCCAAAGGUCCCACCUGGCAAACCGCUUUCCAUGACCUUCUAGGUCAAGGCAUAUUCAACAGUGACGGUGAAACAUGGCUCAUACAGCGCAAAACUGCCGCUCUCGAGUUCACUACACGGACACUCCGACAAGCCAUGGCUCGGUGGGUGAAUCGGACCAUUAAAACACGCCUAUGGUUCAUUUUAGAGAAGGCCUCCACGGAGAACACCCCGGUGGACUUGCAAGACCUCUUGCUCCGGUUAACGUUUGAUAACAUAUGUGGGCUCACAUUCGGUAAAGAUCCGGAGACUCUCUCGCCGGACUUACCGGAAAACCCGUUCUCCGUGGCGUUCGACUCUGCCACCGAGUCGACUCUGCAACGGUUCAUCAACCCGGGUUUUGUAUGGAAGCUAAACAAAAUUCUCUGCAUUGGAUCUGAAAUGAGACUGAAAAAGAGUCUUGAAGUUGUCGAGAACUACAUGACCGAUGCACUAACGGCCCGGAAAGAGACUCCUUCCGACGACCUUUUAUCGCGUUUCAUUAAGAAGAAAGACGUAGACGGAAACCCAUUUCCGAGCUCAGUCCUCAAACACAUUGCACUCAACUUUGUCCUCGCCGGUCGUGACACGUCAUCGGUUGCUCUGAGCUGGUUCUUUUGGCUUGUCAUGAACAACCCUCAUGUAGAAGAAAAGAUCAUAAAUGAAAUAUCAACGGUUUUGAAGGACACUCGUGGUGAUGAUCAACGGUUAUGGAUUGAAGAGCCCUUAGUGUUUGAUGAAGCUGAUAGGUUGGUGUACCUAAAGGCUGCAUUGGCAGAAACGCUGCGUUUAUACCCCUCGGUGCCGGAGGACUUUAAGUAUGUCGUGUCCGACGAUGUUUUGCCAGACGGGACGCACGUGCCGGCAGGUUCGACGGUGACAUAUUCGAUAUAUUCGGUGGGGAGGAUGAAGAGUAUAUGGGGUGAGGAUUGUUUGGAGUUUAAACCGGAGAGGUGGCUCUCAACCGGAGGUGACGGGUUCGAACAGCCCAAGGAUGGGUACCGGUUCGUUGCUUUUAAUGCCGGUCCAAGGACUUGUUUAGGGAAGGACUUGGCUUACCUGCAGAUGAAGUCCGUGGCUUCGGCCGUACUGCUGCGUUACCGGCUCUCGCUGGUUCCCGGUCACCGGGUUGAGCAGAAGAUGUCUCUGACUUUGUUCAUGAAGAAUGGGCUUCGUGUGAACUUGCAUCCACGUCUGCUGGGGGCUUCUGGGGCUGCCACGUGUGCAUAGAUGGAGGGUGUAUUUGUCUUUUCAUAAAGCCGGUCUCUCUUGAUCUGCUUCAUGGGGGGCAAUCUGGUCACUCAAUUGGAUUUACGACGAGGGUGUUGGUUGUUCAUGUGGUGUCUUAAAAAGGGUAUUUUGGUUAUUAAAUUUUAUUUACCUUUGUUUCUAUUGUUUCAAAAAAGUUGUUGGCCGGUUAAAUUUGAAAUUUGUAUACCUGUCCAUAGUCUAUACUGCAGCAGAUUAUAUUUGUAAUGUCUUGGCAUAUACCGGAUGUGUCCUAUCCAUGGAUUUGGUUUUAUAAAUGUUCAA